AUGACAUGGAAAAAGAUAAAUGAUUUAAACAAAAACCAUAAAGAUAAUAAAACUACACAGAAAACCUUGAAAAUUGGUCAGGCGUUUGAUAUUCUUUUAAAACUGGAAUAUAAGGGAAAAUCUUUAACAGAUCCAGUCCAUACUUUAAAGGAUAAAUGGAAUCUUCUUCCGGCAUUCUUGAAAGUUAAAGGACUUAUUAAACAACAUACAGAUUCAUUUAACUAUUUUGUUGACGUAGAUCUUAAAAAGAUUGUUAAAGCAAAUGAAAAAGUAACAAGCGAUGUUGAACCAUGGUUUUAUUUAAAAUAUACUAAUAUUCAAGUUGGAUUUCCUACACGUCAAGAUCAAGAUGCUAUUGAUAAUUCAAUAGCUCCUCAUGAAUGUCGCUUGAGAGAUCUUACAUACGCAGCUCCUAUAAUUGUGGACAUUGAAUAUACAAGGGGAAAACAAGUAGUAAGGAGAAAAGGUGUUCAAAUUGGUCGUUUACCUAUUAUGUUAAGAAGUAAUAAAUGUAUUUUAUUUAAUAAGACAGAAGCACAAAUUACAAGGAUGAAUGAGUGUCCACUUGAUCCUGGUGGAUACUUUAUUGUUAAAGGUACUGAAAAAGUCAUUCUUGUACAAGAACAACUUAGUAAAAAUCGUAUUAUCGUUGAGGCAGAACCAAAAAAAGGUUUGGUACAGGCUUCUGUUAUCAGUUCUACACAUGAGCGUAAAUCCAAAACAUAUGUUUUAACUAGGAAUACAAAAAUAUAUCUCAAACAUAACUCAAUUGCAGAAGAUGUUCCAAUUGUACUAAUAUUUAAAGCAAUGGGUCUUCAAUCAGAUAGAGAAAUCCUUGAACUUGUCGCAGGAUUAGAUCCUGUUUAUCAAGAUAUAUUUUCUAUUAAUAUUGAAGAGUGCGCCAAACUUAAAAUAUACACUCAGCAACAUGCAUUAGAAUAUCUAGGAACUAGAGUCAAGAUUAGUAGAAGGAAUUCUGGAAUUAUUCAAAGAAGACCACCUUCAGAAGAGGCAUUAGAAGUUUUAGCGGCCAUUGUUCUUGCUCAUAUUCCAAUAAAAAAUUUAAAUUUCAGACCUAAAAUAAUAUAUUUUGCAAUUAUGACAAGAAGAGUAUUAAUGGCUAUGAAAAAUCCAAAAAUGGUGGAUGAUCGUGACUAUGUUGGAAAUAAACGUUUAGAACUUGCAGGGCAACUUCUUUCUCUUUUGUUUGAAGAUCUUUUUAAAACCUUCAAUAGGAAUUUAAAAUUAAACAUUGAUAAGGUUCUUAAAAAGCCUAAUAGAACUCAAGAAUUUGAUGCAUAUAAUCAAAUUUCAAUACAUGGUGAUCAUAUAACAUUUGGGAUGAUUAGGGCUAUAUCAACAGGAAAUUGGUCUUUAAAAAGGUUUAAAAUGGAAAGAUCUGGCGUUACUCAUGUAUUAAGUCGUUUAAGUUAUAUUAGUGUUCUUGGAAUGAUGACACGAAUAUCUAGUCAAUUUGAAAAAACAAGAAAAAUAAGUGGGCCUAGGGCUUUGCAGCCUUCUCAGUUUGGAAUGUUAUGCCCUUCUGAUACUCCAGAAGGAGAAGCAUGUGGUCUGAUAAAAAAUUUGGCUUUGAUGACACACAUAACUACUGAUAAUGAUGAAGAACCAAUAGAAAAGCUCGCAUUUAUUCUUGGAACAGAAGAUAUAAGUUUAAUAACUGGGCAUGAACUUUAUGCCCCAGGAACAUAUGUUAUUUAUUUAAAUGGAACAAUUCUUGGAAUUACACGAUUUCCAGCAAAUUUUGUUUCAAAUUUUCGAAAACUUCGUAGAAAAGGACGAAUAUCAGAAUUUGUGAGUAUAUAUAUUAAUAAUCAUUACUGUUCUGUACAUAUUGCAUCAGACGGAGGUAGAAUAUGCCGUCCAUUAAUUAUUGUAGAAAAUGGGAAAUCGAAAGUAACACCAAGACAUCUGAAGUCUUUAAAAGCAGGAAAAAUGACAUUUGAUGAUUUUUUAAAAAGAGGAUUAGUAGAAUAUUUAGAUGUUAAUGAAGAAAAUGAUUGUUAUAUAUCAAUAUAUGAAAAUAAGCUUUCAGAAUCAACUACUCAUUUAGAAAUUGAGCCAUUUACUAUAUUAGGAGCAGUAGCAGGUCUAAUACCAUAUCCCCAUCACAAUCAAUCUCCCAGAAAUACUUAUCAAUGCGCUAUGGGAAAGCAAGCUAUUGGCGCUAUUGCAUGGAACCAAUUGCUUAGAAUCGACUCUUUGCUGUAUUUAAUGGUUUAUCCUCAACAACCUCUCGUAAAGACAAAAACUAUUGAGUUAAUAGGCUAUGACAAGCUUCCAGCAGGACAAAAUGCUAUCAUAGCUGUCAUGAGUUUUUCUGGAUAUGAUAUAGAGGAUGCUUUAAUAUUAAACAAAGCUAGUAUAGAUAGAGGAUUCGGUAGAUGUCAAGUUAUGAGAAAAUAUGCAACAACUAUUAAACGUUAUGCUAAUGGAGCAUAUGAUCGCCUCGAGCAUCCUGAUAGAAGCGAAGAUGGGCAGUUAGUAUGGAAAUAUGAAACUUUAGAAGAAGAUGGUUUGUCAGGUGUUGGAGAAAAAAUCGAAUCAGGACAAAUUUACAUUAAUAAACAAAUACCUACCAAUGCAAAUGAUAAUACAAUUGCUACUGGAAUUCAACAACAUGAAUUAUCAUGGAAAGCAGCUCCUAUGGUAUACAAAUCUCUUGAACCUGGGUAUAUCGAUAAAAUGAUGUUAACUACUACCGACUCUGAUCAAACACUUAUAAAAUGCUUAAUUCGUCAGACUCGUAGACCUGAACUUGGUGAUAAAUUUUCUUCACGACAUGGUCAAAAGGGUGUAUGUGGUCUUAUUGUACAGCAGGAAGAUAUGCCUUUUGAUCAUAAUGGGAUAACUCCCGAUAUUAUUAUGAAUCCUCAUGGGUUUCCAUCUCGUAUGACAGUAGGAAAAAUGAUUGAGCUUUUAGCAGGAAAGGCAGCGGUUUUAAACGGAACAUUACAAUAUGGUACUGCAUUUGGAGGUAGCAAAAUAGAUUAUAUAAGUCAAAUUUUAGUAGAAAAUGGCUAUUCAUAUUCCGGAAAAGAUCAGCUUACUUCAGGUAUAACAGGAGAAGCACUUCAAGCAUACAUUUUUUUUGGUCCUAUUUAUUACCAAAAGCUAAAACAUAUGGUUCUUGAUAAAAUGCAUGCACGCGCAAGAGGGCCUAGAGCCAUUUUAACACGACAACCAACUGAAGGACGAUCUAGAGAUGGAGGUUUACGUUUAGGGGAAAUGGAAAGAGACUGUCUUAUUGCAUAUGGUGCAUCUCAACUUCUUCUUGAACGUCUAAUGUUAUCAUCUGAUGCAUUUGAAGUUCAUAUUUGCGAAACCUGUGGUCUAAUAGGUUACAAGGGCUGGUGUAAUCGAUGCAAAAGUACUAAAUCAGUUACUAAACUCACAAUUCCUUAUGCUGCUAAACUUUUAUUUCAAGAAUUAAUUUCAAUGAAUAUCAUUCCUAAGUUGAUUCUAAAGGACGAGUUUUGA